ACGGGCCGCGCCGCGUGCCUGCGUGCAGGUUGCGCAGGCGUUAAGGGUGCCACGACCUCGCUAUGGCCCCCGCAGGAUUUCGGGGGAAGGCGAGCGUCUUCGCCUCACCUGCAUUGCGUGGCGGCGGGGGCGGGGCGGGUUUGUGUGGAGACCGGUAAGGGGCCUUAGGGAAGUGUUUAGAGCAAGGGUAACCGAGAAACCUCGUGACUCGCUGAGUGGGCCGAGGCGGUCGGCUGCCCCUCUGCCCAACGAGGGCUCUUCCACCCAGACGUUACCACCGAGCACCUGCCGUACGUGUUGCAACCCUCAUACCACCUCUCCAGAAAUAACCAUAACCUUUCUGCCUACUGAGGCCGUUUACUGAGGGCCCACUGAAACGCUCUGCAUAGCUUCAAUUCUUACAACAGUUCUGCAAGUUUCUGGAGCAGCAGAGCUGAGAGUACCCAAACUUGUACUGAGGCAACUCUACUGAGGUCAGCCCCAUGGCUAUUCCACAUGGUUCAAAUGAAACUUCCUAUUUGCUACCUCCAAACAGUGAGGACUGGGGAGGGCACGGCAUUCCUGACUUUGUCUAUGGGCAGAAGGAACUCGUGCCAGAAGGGAUUCAGUGGCCAAGGAGCGGACCCAGCCUUCUGGACACACUGCCACUGUCUCGCUUUGACUCUGCCCUCUGCUUGGCCUGGAGGCAGCGGAUGGAGCUGGGGCUGUUCCGCUACUGUCUGGGGGAGCUGCAGACCCAAAUCCUUCCUGGUGCUGUGGGUUUUGUUGCUCAGCUGAAUGUGGAGCGAGGUGUGCAAAGAAGGAGCCCCCAGAACAUCAGGAGCGUGAGGCAGGCGUUUGACCCUGAACAGUUUAACUUCAACCAGAUCCGGCCAGGAGAAGUCCUCUUCCGCUUGCACCGGGAGCCCGAUCUCCCUAGUGCUGCUCUCCAGCAAGACGACAUCCUCGUGGUGAUCAAUGUCAGCCCCUUGGAGUGGGGCCACGUGCUGCUGGUGCCCGAGCCCACCCGAGGGCUCCCCCAGCGCCUGCUGCCAGGGGCACUGCAGGCCGGGGUUGAAGCUGUGCUGCUGAGCUCACACCCAGGCUUCCGAGUCGGCUUCAACAGCCUGGGUGGCCUGGCCUCAGUGAACCACCUCCACCUGCAUGGCUAUUACUUGGCCCACAGACUGCCCGUGGAGGGGGCCCCAAGCAAACCCCUGGAUCCUGGGGGCCGUCUUCAUCUGCUCCAGGACCUCCCAGCUCCUGGCUUCCUCUUUUACACGAGCGGGCCAGGGCCCGACUUGGAAGCCUUGAUAAGCAGGGUAUGUCUGGCCACUGACUAUCUGGCUGACCACGAGAUUGCACAUAACUUGUUUGUGACCCGGGGGGCUCCACCUGGAAAGACAUCAUCUUCCUCAGCCCUCACGGGGGUCCGAGUAAUUCUUUGGGCCCGGAAGUCCAGCUUUGGGAUAAAGAAAGGCGAGGCCUUCAAUGUUGCCCUCUGUGAGCUGGCCGGGCACCUCCCUGUCAAAACGUCCCAGGACUUCAGCAGCCUGACAGAGGCGGCGGCUCUGGCCGUCGUCCGAGACUGUCUGCUGCCCCCAGCCCAGGCGGGAGAGGUGCAGGCAGCACUGGUGGCCUUGAUAGCCAAGGAGGAGCAGUAAUCCUUCCAGAAGUAUUUAUUUUGUAACCGAUCUAAGUCUCUUUCCAGAAAGCUGUCCAUCAUGAUCAUGUGGGCACUUUAAUGAAUGCCUUCUCACCUGUCUCAGCCUAAGGGGAGGGAUAAAGAACUGGUAAGUGGUCUCUUUAAGGAGGAGGAUACCUUGGAGUAAAUCGAAUGAAUGAGCCCUCAUGGAUGUAUCUGCUGCUUUUCACCUUUCUUCUUAGAUAAGCCCCAGGAAUGUCAAGCCUAUUGUUAAGAAGGGAGUGUGUGUAAGAGUUAACACACUCCUGACUUGUAUAUGCCAACUUUUCUCUUCCUGUCUUAUUAAAUCUUAGCAAAGUGAUAGUUUAUCACUUCCUCUGUUCUUGCCUCUCUGCCUGUUCUCCCUUUGCCCACCACUGAGUUGUAUUUCUUCAUCCUGUCCCUACACAUGUCCCCUCCAUCCAUAUGCCCUAUUUAUAGCACAUUCUUCGCCUACCUGGCCACCUUGAAUUUUCCUUCAGCCCCAAAGCUGAGCUGAGUGUUCUUCACAUACAUCAUUUCAUGUGAAAACAAGGUGUCCUCACAACUUGAAAGUUGCAGGUCCUCUUAAUACCCCUAUUUAACAGACAAAGAUAUGGAGGCUGACACAGGUUUAGUAAUUUAUCCAAGGUCAGAUGGCUCAAAAGUAGUGGAGUCAGGACUGCAACACAGGCAAUCAGACACUUGAAGCUGAGCUGGGGCUGUGCACGUGUGACUGCCAUGUUAAUAAAGUCUCAUUGAGAUGAAGCAGAAUAUGCAUCACAACCCAUUUCAUAAGAAAAUCAGUUUAACAUUUAAAUUCCUAUAAACAGUUUUGGUCACCCUCAUGUUUUGGGCACACUGCAGUAAUUUCAGCCUAAUGCCUCUUUGUGCAAGCCUUUGCAAAUAUGGCCUCCAAUACCAUCACUUUAUUUUGCUCGCUCACUCUCUGAAGGGAGUGCAGAUGACCAUUAGAGUUAAGUGGACUUUGUGUGUCGAAGGUGAUGAGUCCAAAUACCAGGAUUUCCCCAGUUUUUCCUUAGGAUUAAUGUUCAGAGGAAAGCCUUCUCUGGCCCCAAAUAAGUUUUUCCACAAAAAGUAAAGGCAAAUAGGUUUUCUUUGUGGUGGUACUUCUUAGCCAUGAAUACUUUGUGAAUCAUCCAGAAGGGGAUUUAUGGAAGCUUUUUCUGAGCUUGAAUAUGGAACACUUAGGAGACCCUUUGUAUCCAGAGCCCUGGGCUUUGAGCACAGUAGGUAAGUAAGAAGGGACAAUCCAGCUCAGGGCCUCUCCACCGCUUUGCUUGCUUUUUGUUUGUUUUAUUUUUUGAUGGAAGGUCUUUUGUACUAAGGGGUUUUGGACUUGAUCUAAUGGGAAACCUUGAAGAGUUUUAAAUUGGGGAGUAACAAAUAUGCAUUUUAGGGCGAAUACUUAAGCUGCAGUGGAUGGAUGGAUGGAUGAAGGAAGGAAAAAUAGA